GUGUGCGUGUGCAUGUGCAAGUGGUUAUUACAUCGACAAGACACCUUUUUCUCUCCGAAAUGUGUUCUUGAACAAAGAGCCCGUUCUGACUCACUCAGCCUUAUCCAAUUUCAAUUCCAGUUCCAGUUUCACUAUACAUAAUCAUAAUGCCAUGCUGAUUGUAGAACCACAAAUUCGUCGUGUUGAGAGUGUUCUGUGGGUAACCACUUCGUUCACCCAUUGAUCAGUCAGUCGGUCAGUCAGUCAGUCGACCAACCAGCCAACCAACCAAUCAUUCCCAAUCAUUCAAUCACUCAAUCCUUCCGUUAGUCAGUCAGAGUCUUUGAUAUAGGUUACAACUGUACCACUCUUUCAUGCUUCAACAUCAUGAAUCCGAACAGUCCCGUUGUUUCUACCGCCAGUAGCACAAACGCCCAACCUCCACCCCCAGCAGCUCCAGCUCCAGCUCCAGCAUCAGCAUCAGCAUCAGCACCAAAAGUGCUUAGUUGCACAAAUUGUAGGAGACGUAAGAUAAGAUGCAAUAAAACAACAAACCCGUGUAUCCCAUGUCAGGCAUCUGGCACGGAAUGUAUUUUCCCUACACGUGUUCGGAACCCAAGACCGAGACAAAGCAAUCCAAAGUCUCGUGAUUCUGAGCUAUUAAAAAGAAUCUCUCAUCUCGAAAGUUUGGUGAGCAGAAUUGAUGCCUCAAAACUCCUUGGGGAGGAUGGUCAGGUAGAAUACGAGGUUCGGUCAAAUCCGCCAUCAUCAGGACCGCGACCUCAUCGUUCUUUCACGUCUCCAGACCAUCAUGAGUUUGGAAUAGUACCAGGUCGUAUGGCUCAUCAAUUUGCUGAUUUUAUUAAACGCCAAGAGAACGACUCGAUUUACACUCAUGAUGGAUUUUGGACAAGACUAAGUGAAGAAAUUGAUGGAUUGAAACAGCUCAUCGAGAGCCCCAGUGACGAUGAAGAUGAAAAUUCUGGGUCCACUGCAACUUCGCCAGCAUCCAAGUAUGACUCUCCUUCACAGUUUGUCUUUGAUUCCAGGGUCACUUCCUCGAAUGUCAUAAUUCCAUAUCCAUCCCACGACCAUACCAAAGUUUUAUUCGAUAUUUAUUUCAAAAAUGUACAUCCGAUGGUCGUCACUAUGCACAAGCCAACAACGUACCUUUUCACAAACCCAAAUUCUGAGUUACUCGAUGAGAAUACUGGCCGGCACAAAUUCAAAAGUCUCGAGGCUAGCGUGUUUGCUAUGUACCUGGCUGCUGUGACGAGCAUGACAAAUGAAGAGUGCCUUGAGCUUUUAAAUGAAGAAAGAAAUAUUUUAGUAACACGGUACAAAACUGCGACUGAGAUUGCUCUUCAAGAAUCAGAUUUUCUUAAUAGUGUUGAAAUUGUUACUUUACAAGCUUUAAUAACGUAUAUCGCAGCUAUGCGCACUCAUGAUCGAAGUCGAUCUAUAUGGGCAUUUAUCGGUCUUGCAGUCCGCCUUGCCCGUGGCAUCGGGCUCCACAGAGAUGGCAGCCAGCAACCUUUCGAUUUGGAAAUGCGAAGGAGAGUGUGGUGGACAUUGAUUGUACUUGAUACAAGAGCUUCCGAAGAUCGGGGUACAGAAACCAUGAUCACUGAUGGCUCUUUCGAUACAAAGAUGCCUGCCAACAUAAACGACGAGGAUAUGAUGAUAAACUCAAAAAGUCUACCGGUCGAUCGGAUAGGGAUCACCAGUAUGACCUUUGCUUGCAUUACAAUGACAGUCAGCGGGAUCGGAUUGAGGAUGAAUUUUGUACCUACGCGCCUAGACGCGCCGGUCUUGACCACAGAACAAAAAGAGCAGAUGAUCAAAGGAUUUACUGACAAAAUCGAUUCUACCUAUCUCGCAGGUUCUGAUCCCAAUGAUCCAAGAUUGUGGUGGUAUUGUCGGAUAUCACGACUAUUAUCGCUCAAGUUAUGGCUGGUGACACAAUAUCCACUUCAACGAAGGAAAUCUACAAAUCGAGUGCUUCCUCGAGGACAAUCCUUGCGUACAGCUAUGGCAUUCCUAAAUUUGGCGGAAGAAAUAUGGCAAUAUGAACCUUCAAAGGGAUGGUUCUGGUUCUUUCAAAGUUAUGUGCCGUGGCAUGUAAUUGCGGUUGCUUUAGCUGAGCUUUGUGCGGAACCAACUGGCCCUCUUGCCGAUCAAGCUUGGGAGGGCAUUGAGUUUCACUACAAUAAAUGGAGUGAAUUCGUUGCAGAUACAAAAGAUGGGAUGAUUUGGCGACCAGUCAGGAAUUUAAUGAAAAGAGCAAGAGCAGCAAGAAGGCGAGAAAGAGGUCUCAGUGAAUCUCAAGCAUCAACAACUCCAACGGCAAUUCGCAACCCUAAUACAUACAGCCCAGCUCUCAAUCUAGCUGCUGGAUGCUCCCCGAUCAUGUCGGAGAACAAUAACUACUGUCAAUCUUCUACAAUUGGACAGGUUGACCCAAUGGGGCAGAAUAUUUACGGGGGAAUGGGCUUCGAUCUUCCCAUGCCCAUGGGUUCUACCCCCUCAGACACGAAUAUGGCAUCCCCACUACCUAUUCCGGACGGCUAUACAAAUCCGCACUGGAACGAAUUCAUAUUUGGUUUAGGAACAGUUUGUAGCGAUGGACCCCAAAAUCCAGAGAUGUGGGGUUCAUUUCAAGAUUAUUUCACUGGCUCUUAAACAAUUUGAGAAGCUUCAAAGAUUUUCAAAUCGAUCUACGCAAUACCCUAUCCUUACAAUUUUAUUAUGGUCAAUGACAUUAGAAAUGGGGAGCAUGUAAGAACAGAAAGACGUUGUAAUAUCAAAUUAUUCCCCUCAGCCACUGUAUGUUUUACACCUAAUAAGGGUCGAUGCAAAAUCUUCGGCUAGUAAGGACUUCGGAAUUCUUGCUCGCACUUUCAAGCAAGCACGUACACACUCAUGGAAAUGAAAAUUGCAAAUGCCGACAUUUGUUUUUCCUCUGGCCCACAAAACAUCUUAUCGCCGUCUCGGACAACGGUAGACACGACUACCCGUAUCCCGCAUUCAAAUAGCUUCUGAAAACAAUCCCUGCAUCAAAAAUUUCAGAUGUCACCAAACGCGGUGCACCUAGCUACCCGAAUGAAACAAAUGGUGAAGCGAAUUAUGAUUCAUGAUCCAACCGUGCCAGGGCACGUACUUCUCCAUAAAUCGAAACAAGUUAUUGUUAGACACCUAAUAAGAAAGAGUCUAUCAAUUCCCGUAUUAAAUUUCAAGCUUUGUUCGUUGUGUUUUCAUUGUUGUGAGAGCCUUCUGGGGACGUUGCAAGCAAUAAUUGAAAGAAAAAUGUACAUAGUACAUUCGCAUGGAGGAAACAAUUACAUGUUGUCGUAACUUUAUACAACUUUGACACUAUUAACGGAAUCGAUGCCUGUGAAGAGAAUGUUCGACUUGUGUCAAGUUGUGAUCGGCAAUCGAUGGGGUACAUGUUAAUGACUGGAGUGCAUUGGAACAACUUCAAUAGCUGAAAUAUCUGAUAUGAGUGGUCGGAAUAGAAGUCUGUUUCCGUCAAUUUAUAAACUUGUGGGAACGCAGCAAGAAUCGAUCAGUAUUCUAAAGGCAGAUCUCAUCUACAUAUUCUGGGCGACACUGACGAAUAUUGCCCCUUACCCAAUGUUUAGCAGAAACCAACUCGAUACAUAGUCAUGCCAAUGAGAUGAUUUUGUUCAUUCAAUUUUUUUUAGCUAACCUGUCAUAAUUUGAGUUCUAUGUCAUAUAGUUCCCCUUACCCCCUUGGUCCUUGAACAAUCUUUGUUUCAGCCCUCAUCCAAGCUCUAGUCACAGCAUUUCUAGUCAAGACAAUUAUAUUACAAUGAUUGCUUUGCACAUCACUGCAGCCCA